GUAAUGAUCAUCUAUAUAUAGAUGUCAAGUCGUAGAGCAUCUUUUCGGAAGGGAAAAGGGAAAAGUCUUAUUUGUGAUUUAGGUUAUUAUACUACAGGAUUAUACAAAAUAGCUUUUUAGUAUACAAUAUAGCUUAUCUGUAGGCCUAUGCAUUAAAUAAAAUGUCAAGACCGGGCACUGGAGGAAACUGAUUUAACUAACCAAGAAUAAAGCAUCAGAAAAAUAUGAGAUACACGAUCCCAGGGGCUGCCAUGGAUCGUGUUAGCCUACUUUGGCGGUUGAGACGCCGGGCCCGUCGAGGGGCCCUGUGCAUGGCACUGUUCUGUAUGGCUAUGGCUCUCCUGUACACCUUUUGCGCUGAAAACAGCAUACCUGUCACAGAUGCCAUUUUUGGGGUUAAGGCGAGAACUCGAGCUCAGCCAAGAACACACACAAUUGUUAAGGUAUUGCGGGGAACAGGAGGGUCGAAACCCAUGUAUACUGACCCUCAAAAGCUUCCAGGUAUCAUUCCUGGAGAUCCACAAAAGCCUAUUCCCAUCCUGUCGUCUUCUAACUACUCAAUGGAGAGCAAUACUAAGGACCGCAACCUCAGCGGCAAACAAAGAGACCAUGGGCUAUUUUACUGGCUUCUGGCACGACCACUGAGACGUGCUUUAGAGACUAUUUUUGGAGGCCGACAGAGAGGAGAUGUGGGUGCCGCAAGUGGGGAUGCUGUUGUUUUUGGGCCUAAUGGAGCACUCGGAGAGGUCUGGAAUGAAGAGAUGUCAAGUAGCAUGCUGGGGAAAAGGCUGAGGAAGGUGGUGCAGAACUUUCAGGCAAUGAAUAAAUAUGGAGUUCGCUAUCCUGGACCUGAGAGUGCAGCACGUCGUUCUAAACUCAGUGGCCCUGAACUUCUUUGUCAAAUCAAGGAGAUGGUUCAGAUUGCAACUUUAACACCAGAUAUGGAGCCAUUUUCUCGGUUGCCCUUGGCCUCUCAGUUACCUCCGCGCCAAAUAACUGCUGAUAUUGGCCCGUUCAAGACCUGCGCAGUGGUAUCAUCUGCAGGUUCUCUCAAAAACUCUGGAUUAGGAAAGGAAAUAGAUUCACAUGAUGCAGUGAUGCGGUUCAAUGCUGCACCAACAACAGGCUUUGAGAAAGAUGUGGGCUCUAAAACAACAGUGCGUCUGAUCAAUUCCCAGGUAAUGGCAUCUGAAGAUUACCAUUUCCUCUCCAGUUCUUUGUACAGUGCUGGGAUUUUAGUGAGCUGGGAUCCAGGCCCUUAUUCCUCUGAUCUACGAGAGUCUCACUACUACCAGCGCUUCAGUGAUGCAGCCUGCACCCUAGGUGCCUACCACCCUUUACUCUAUGAGAAGAACCUGGUAAAGAGGAUGAACAAGGGGUCUAACCGUGACAUCUACACACAUGGCAGGGUCACGCUCCCUGGGUUCACGACCUUUAACUGCACCAAUAGUUCCACUUCCAGCACUCUGUCAAAGACAUAAUCUGAGGGUAAACUGAUUUUCUUGGUACACUUUCAUAAUGUAACAGUAAAUCACAUGAUUU